GCUGCGUGAAGCAAAAGCCGUACCCAACCAGAGACGUCCAAGCAACCGCUUCCCUCUCUCCUCUUGCUCUGCUCGUCGUCCCUCCAGUCCACCUACUUCGCACCGACCGAUCCGAUGGACCGCGCCGAUCCCGCGCGGGGCCGCCUCGCCGUGCUCUCCUCCCACCUCCUCGCCGCCGGCGCGGAACCCGCGGCCGCGCUGGAGAGGUCGCCGGCGUCGGCCGCGGCCCCGGGGACCCGCGCCGGCGUGCUCGCCGUGGUGGACUCGAGGACCGGGAAGCGGUACGAGGUCAAGGUCUCGGAGGACGGCACCGUCCGCGCCACUGACUUCAAGAAGAUUACCGCUGGAAAAGAUGACAAGGGUCUUAAGACUUAUGAUCCUGGUUAUCUCAACACUGCCCCUGUGCGUUCUUCCAUCUGCUACAUUGAUGGGGAUGAGGGAAUUCUUCGCUACAGGGGUUAUCCAAUUGAGGAGGUUGCUGAAAGCAGUUCGUUUGUUGAGGUCGCCUACCUCUUAAUGUAUGGGAAUUUGCCUUCUCAGAGUCAACUGGCAGCCUGGGAGUUUGCAAUUUCACAGCACUCUGCUGUUCCUCAAGGACUCUUGGAUAUCAUACAAUCAAUGCCUCAUGAUGCCCACCCCAUGGGUGUCCUUGCCAGUGCAAUGAGCACACUUUCUGUCUUCCACCCAGAUGCAAACCCUGCCCUUAGAGGGCAAGAUCUGUACAACUCAAAGCAGGUUAGGGAUAAGCAAAUUGUGCGAGUUCUUGGGAAGGCACCAGCAAUAGCAGCUGCAGCCUACCUGAGACUAGCAGGAAGGCCUGCCGUCCUUCCUUCAAAUAAUCUUUCUUAUUCAGAGAAUUUCUUGUAUAUGCUAGACUCUUUGGGUGACAAAGAAUAUAAGCCAAAUCCCCGACUUGCACGGGUUCUAGAUAUCCUUUUUAUUCUCCAUGCUGAACACGAAAUGAACUGCUCAACAGCUGCUGUUAGGCACCUUGCUUCAAGUGGUGUCGAUGUCUUCACUGCUCUUUCUGGUGGUGUUGGAGCUCUAUAUGGUCCACUGCAUGGUGGCGCAAAUGAGGCGGUACUUAAAAUGUUGAAUGAGAUUGGAGCUGUGGAGAAUAUUCCAGAUUUCAUUGAGGGAGUGAAGAACAGGAAACGGAAAAUGUCAGGUUUUGGGCACCGUGUGUAUAAGAAUUAUGAUCCUCGCGCUAAAGUCAUCCGGAAGUUAGCAGAAGAGGUUUUCUCGAUUGUCGGACGGGAUCCUCUUAUCGAGGUUGCUGUUGCUUUGGAGAAGGCAGCACUGUCAGAUGAGUAUUUUAUCAAGAGGAAGCUGUAUCCAAAUGUGGAUUUUUACUCUGGCCUGAUUUACAGAGCAAUGGGAUUCCCUACAGAAUUUUUCCCUGUAUUAUUUGCAAUUCCUCGCAUGGCUGGUUGGCUAGCACAUUGGAAGGAGUCACUUGAUGACCCAGACAAUAAAAUUAUGAGGCCUCAACAGGUAUAUACGGGCGUUUGGCUGAGGCAUUACACCCCUGUGAGGGAACGAGUGGCAUCUAACCAGGGCGAGGAACUUGGUCAGAUCGCUACAUCAAACGCGACGAGGCGUCGCCGUGCCGGUUCUUCCCUGUAGAACAACAGCACGCAUGGAUGCAUGGUGCAGCAUCCAGCCCACACAAUAAACCAAGCUGCUGUCCUUGCCACUCAUAACGCCGCAGCGGCUUGAGACUGGGGGCUGUUACCCUUCUGGUGUCACCAAGACACUUAGCGGUUGCCAUGUAAUAAAGUAGUAGUAGAAGGCACGCUGUGGACACUAUCUAUCCACGCACUUCCAGUUUCCAGCUUCAUCUCUGCAUGCAUGCAAUGUGAGCUCAUGAUUGGAAAAAAUAAAUCAUACUCCCUCCGUCCCAAAAUAAGUGUCUGAACUUUUGAUGGCA